AUGAUUAAAUAUUUACAUGAAUUAGGGUAUAAAGGAACAAAAUGGACAAUUGAUAAUGCUGCUAAAAGUGGAAAUUUAGAUAUGAUUAAAUAUUUACAUGAAUUAGGGUAUAAAGGAACAAAAUGGACAAUUGAUAAUGCUGCUAAAAGUGGAAAUUUAGAUAUGAUUAAAUAUUUACAUGAAUUAGGGUAUAAAGGAACAAAAUGGACAAUUGAUAAUGCUGCUAAAAGAGGAAAUUUAGAUAUGAUUAAAUAUUUACAUGAAUUAGGGUAUAAAGGAUCAGAAUGGACAAUUAAUUAUGCAAUAGAUAAUGCUGCAAAAAAUGGUCACCUUGAAGUAUUAAAAUAUUUACAUUCUAUAGGAUAUAAAGGAACAGAAGAUGCAAUAGAUAAUGCUGCAAAAUAUGGUCACCUUGAAGUAUUAAAAUAUUUACAUUCUAUAGGAUAUAGAGUAACAGAAUGGACAAUUAAUUAUGCUGUAGAAAAUGGUCGCCUUGAAGUAUUAAAAUAUUUACGUUCACUAGGAUAUAGAGGAACAGAAAAAGUCAUGUGA